GCUGGAAGCUGGUGGGUAGCUAGCAGCUGGCUAACCUGCCUAGCUACCUCCUCCGCCUCUGAAGGCAGCUGGUCGGAACACUGAAUGAACCACGCACCUCAAUGCAUUUCCCGUGGGCACGAUGGCAGCGGCACAAACGACGGCGGCAGCUAGCCCCCUUUCUCGCCACUACAGGAGGAUGCUGAAGCUGUUUGGUGCACUGGUUAUCCUGGGACUGGCCCUGGCGUACAUCACCUCCUGGGUACUGGACAGCUAUGACACGGCUUGGCAUCCUAAACGGAGUGUUCGCCAACAGACUAUCAGUGACGGGGAUGAAUCCAAGGAAAGUUCUCCACCAUUUCCCGGCGACAAGUUGAGCAAUAUAUUCUGGUUUAUACAGGUGUCUGACAUCCACAUAAGUCGCUUUCGUGAUCCAAGACGGAUUCCAGAUUUUGAAAAGUUCUGCACCGACACCAUUGAAGUGAUCAAACCAGCUCUAGUGCUUGCAACAGGCGAUCUAACAGAUGCUAAAACAGAGAGUAAGUUGGGUUCGCUUCAACAUGAGGUAGAAUGGCAAGCCUACCACAACAUCCUGAAGAGGUCUCGUGUGAUGGAGCGCACCAGAUGGAUUGACAUUCGUGGAAACCAUGAUGCUUUCAACAUUAUUUCAUUGGACAGCAUCAACAAUUAUUACAGGAAAUACUCAGCUAAUCAGAAAAUAGGCUCGUUCCACUAUGUUCACAAAACUCCCUUUGGAAACUACUCAUUUGUCUGUGUGGAUGCCACCCUGACUCCAGGACCCAAGAGGCCAUACAAUUUCUUUGGUAUUCUCAACCAGACUCAGAUGGACUUACUGGACACGUUCCGUGUUGAGAGUCAGAAAAGCAACCAGUCGAUCUGGUUUGGCCACUACACCACCUCCACCAUUGUCUCCCCGUCUCCAGGAAUAAGGGACAUAAUGAGAUCUGCAGUUGCAUAUCUAUGUGGACACCUGCACACACUCGGUGGCCUGAUGCCCAUCCUCCACAGUCGACAUCCUCAAGGAACCUUAGAGCUGGAGCUGGGGGACUGGAUGGACAACCGCAGAUACAGGGUCCUGGCUUUUGAUCAUGACCUGCUGAGUUUUUCUGACCUGCGGUUUGAACAGUGGCCGGCAAUGCUCAUCACCAACCCUAAAGACGCACAGUACCUGCACCCAGGGGUGGAGCCGUUGGGUCGAAUACGAAGAUCGACGCACAUCAGGAUCUUGGCCUUCUCAGAGGCUCCUAUCACUGCAGUGCAUAUAAGUGUAGAUGGGGAACCUUUGGGUAGGGGCCGCUCAGCUGGAGGCCCUCUCUAUGUUCUGCUAUGGGACCCAUCUCUAUAUCUCACUGGACUGCACACAAUUAGAGUUAAAGUGGAGGACUCGGCAGGCCGGUCGUCUGUGCGGGAGCAGCACUUCACUCUGGAGGACAGUGUGAUCCCCAGCUUCGGUUUUGUUCAGUCCUUCAUCCUCCUCACAGACCAUUAUAUCCUGGGCCGAAUUGCCUUCAUAUUUACAGCGUUGCUGAAUGUUGGUGUGCUCCUCGCCUUCAGGUUUCUGCAUGUCCCUACUGGCAGAGGAUUUUAUUCUCAAGUGUGUAUGUCACUCCAUCUGGUCAGUAAGAUGGAUACCUUCUACUACUCCCUGCUUCUCUUCAACCUGUGUACAGCCUUGGGCCCAUGGUUCAUAGGAGAUCUGAUAGAUGGCCACAGCGGCGCCUGCUUCGCCUUCGGAGUGUUUAUUGAUGGACAUUUCCUAGAGGGCAGUCUCACUUAUGUUGUUGGAGUCAUUCAGCUGGUUUUCUUCAACAUGCCCCUCACCUUUUACCUCUGCUGGAGUCUCCAUCACCGUUGCUGUGGCAACACCUUCCGGUCCCACUUCCAGCGACCAGGCCGACGCUGCUGGACUCUUGCAGUUCACCUCUUCAUUCUGCUGCUGCUCACCUGGCAGGCGCACUCCUGCUACUUUCUCCUGGAGACCUACGGCCUCAUGGCUUUUUUCCUGUCUCCUGUCCGUACUUGGGCGUUAGGGCUCAGCCUCCUACUGAUCUACCGCGCCUGGACAGGCCCCGUCCCUCUGGUUCGCAACAACAGCAAAAACGCAUCUUCGUCUUGACAGUAAUUGCACUGUUCCACCACAUUUUCCCUCAAGCCUGACUCAUAGAUAUAUUUUACUGUCUCUCUUCACCCUUAAAGCCUGAAUUUUCCCCACACAGCAGCACCUCUGCUUUUUAUUUCCCCUUUCUAUCCAAACCCACUUCACAGUACAUCGAUAUCCUCUUCCUUCUAGUUAGUAUUGUUUACUUGAUAUGCAUGUUAUUGUAAAGCACCAAUGAGCACAUUUCUGCCCAUAUUCAUAGCAAUGUGUACAGUGUAAAAGGCAAAAACACUUUGGAUGCAUAAAGGGUAAAAUGGCCGAUAUGAGCUAUGUAAGGACUAUUCCAGCAUAUGCUGUGGCUUACGGUGUACUGUAUCAGGGCUGUAUCCUGCUGUGGUUUAAGCUGACUCAUUUACUUGAGAAUUAGCACUUUUUUUGGAAGUGUUGCCUUGGCUUAACGCCACUUCACCACUGCCAAAGGAUGAAUAAGAAUAAUUUAAUGUUUUUUUUUUUUUUGUUUUUUUUUCACCCCCCCAGAGAACCAUUUUCAUUUGCUGUUGAAGGCUGGAUGUGCCAAAACGAGCCUCAUGUUUACCUACCGAUAUAAAUCAUGUGCAUAGGAAAUCGGGUACAGCGCAUUUUUGUAUGUUAUUCUGCAACUUUCUAUCUUCCCACAGCUUACGGAACAUGAUAGUUGCAGCAUAGACGAUCAUAUUCUUACGUUUAUUCUUCAUGUAAUUUCAAGACAUCCAAGAAGCUCUUUUAAGUACUGUUGUAGAGCUGGGAACAAGUAUUUCACGAAUGAAAGUGUCUUUAAAUCUAAUCAAUUCCACUGCAAACAACUGCCAGUACAAACAAAACAUCGGCGUACUGAAAAAAUUUCACCAACACACAAAAAGCCGGCUUCACUUUCCUCACUCCUUCGCACGUAACUACAGAAAGCAGCUGUUUGUUUCUCAGGAAUGUGAGCACUUAAACAAAGAGCUGGUCCCAGUAGUAUUUCAGGACAAUGUUUUUAUACUUAAUAGUUCAGUGAACUAAAACCAUGUUAAACAAUCCAGAUGUGUGGUGGCUAAAAACAAAAAAAAAACUGGAAAAAAACAACUAAAUGAAUGUGGUAUAGCUGUGGUAAAAUAAGAUGAAAUACUAUAGGAUUUUAUUUAUUCAUUUUGACUGUGUUAUGUGAUUUUUAUUUCUUCCUCAUGUGAUCAGCCUGCACAGGAAAAAUGUAUUUUUUCAGCUCAGUUACAAGUUUUGUAAGAGAGAUAUAAUUUGACAGAUCUGUGAGUGAACAUGUCUCUGUGUUCUGAAUGUUAUUUUUUUGUGAAUGUGUGAACGCAGUAUACCGUAUCUGUUGCACUGUAAUUCAAUCCUAUUUAGUAAGUAGUCGCAAUUGCCUUGUUUCCACAGGAACUGAUCUAAAACAGUACAUAAAUACAGUUACAAUCACAUGCAUUGAGUUUUUUAAAGGAGAAAACAUUAAGAGUUACAUCCCUUUUUUAAUCAUUAUACCCAGCAUGACUGCAGAGUAAUAAGACAGAUAAUUUAAUAUAAGAACAGCUGCUACAACUGAGGAAAUUAAAUUUUGUGCACUCUUGCUGGCAGAAGUUUAAUAACUUUUUCCCUACACUCCAUAGUCAAGUCAUAUAUUUGAAAUUUAUUCACUUAUCCAAAAAAUGCACAGUACCUUUGUAUUAAGGAGUGUAAUCUGUCCACAUGGAGGCAGUAUUAAAUGGAUUUGGGCAGUAAGGGAAGUACUAGGGAUUAUCAUUUCCACCUCAAAAUAAAGCAUGACUUUAUUUUUCAUAUUCCUCAAUAAAGCACCAAAACAUUAUCUUGUAAUGACAGUUCAAUGGCACUAAUUUAAACCUGCACUGACUGUUCACAA